AUGCAAGGCAAGGCACUGCGGACAACGAGGGGAAAAGUCAGUUGGGUGCUGAGCCUGUCUACGUUUUGUACUUUCAGUCGCGGUGGAUUUGAUCCUGGGGGAGCAGGCCUGAGGAGGCCGGGCGAGCGAUGUGAUAUUCCAUCUUCACGGUUUGUCAGUUCGGCUGCAUGUGCAAGGCCAGCAACACGGGCUAAUGACGAGCUUACGGUUUACGGCACGACCAACCCGUCGCCUAGGGUGACGCAGUAG